CGUCAUCCCACGCUCUCUCUCUCUCUCUCCUCCCCCUUCCUUCUCCCCAGCCAACUCGCUAACGGGCGCAAGACGGGAUGAGUGCAGUGUCUCGACACGCCCGACCCCGACGAUCGAGCUGUGGGAAAUGGAGUCUGAGGCCUCAUUGGACAACGAGCAACAGUUCUGGGACGAACUCCAAGAGAUUGUUUCCGCCCCUUGCUCCUCCGAAGACCACAUCGACGACGCACUUCGGUCAUAUCUAAGUUUAACCACCAAGUACAAAGAUGAAUACCUCCACUCCGAUUUGUCUGUCACGCGCUGUUCGUACAAGCUGCUCGCGUCCAGUAUCUUUGCCGCUCAUGGCGACUACGUGCGAAGGCAAAUGGUCUACGGGCUAUUACAGGAUGACGACCCGGAUACGCUCCACUUGAUUGUCUCGUUUCUGCUCUUCGACGGACGACAGAAUGAAAUCCCCUUUCGGAUGAUGGAUGAGGAGGGCUCGUUCCCGCGGAUACUGGAACUGCUGCAGGCGCAAAACCAGCAUGUGGAUGAGGACACUGGAGCUCGCGUCCAUCGGCUGUUAAUGGAGCUGCUCUACGAAAUGUCGAGGAUACAACGGAUUAAGAUCCAGGAUCUAGUUCUCGUGGACGAUGAAUUCGUCAAGAGUCUCUUCAACAUCAUUGAGAAUCUUUCGUAUGAUGCCAACGAUCCGUAUCAUUACUCAGUCAUUCGUAUUCUGUUGGUCUUGAAUGAGCAAUUCAUGAUCUCAGCACACGACCCCGUGGGGGAGCGAUCGUCGUCGGCUCCUUUGACCAAUAGAGUGAUCAAGGUACUAUCGAUGCAUGGUAAUUAUUACAAGACGUUCGGCGAGAAUAUCAUUCUCUUGAUCAACCGAGAAGCCGAAACUUCGCUACAGCUCCUCACUCUCAAGCUGCUGUAUCUCAUCUUCACCACGCCUAGCACGUACGAGUACUUCUAUACGAACGAUCUCCACGUUCUUGUCGAUAUCCUAAUCCGAAAUCUUCUUGACCUGCCCGAAGAAGCCUCUGCUCUACGUCAUACCUACCUCCGGGUCUUGUACCCGCUGCUAGCACAUACGCAGUUGAAGACGCCGCCGCAUUACAAGCGCGAUGAGUUGCGAAGGAUGCUGAACAUCCUUGUCCGGGGUCAGCUUUUCAGCGGUGAACUCGACCGGGAGAAGAUCAUGCAUUUUGAAGAGGUGGACGAGACGACAAGAAGGCUAGUCGGCCGCUGCAUCGCCGUCGAAUGGCUCCAAGACCGGGAUAGUUCUCGAGCCGACCAAAGUUCGCCGGACAAAGAUUCGGAGCCCCCCUCGGCCACGGAUGUCUUCCCUCUCGACGUUGAGACUGGAGGUCCACUAGAGCCCUCGCGUACCAUGUCACCUACCAGCACGAUAGCCAGCUCACCGGAGACAGCUUCUCCCACCCGGCUCGAUGCUGUACACAGCAAUAAACCUAGCCAAAUCCAGCGGCUGGGCAUGCAUCUCGAACCUGCGUCUUCCUCUUCGCUCAGCGUACAGGAAGUCGCCUCUCAGCACGAAAAGCCAGGCAUCAUGACCCCUAGCCGCAAUGACAACGUCAAUAUUGCGGAUCCCCUACAUCCUAAACCCAAGAUCAAGCCUCUCCCACCGAAUCCCCGACGCUGGCGCGGGCGAAGAAGAACUCUCACCUCGGAAGAUGACAGCCCCAUCAACCACAACCACACUCGCAGCAGCACCAGCAGCAGCUACGACAAAAUCCCCGAGGAUGCCGUUCCGGACUCUGCGAUCACCGCCAGCCCCAUCGCCGCCUCACCCACCUUGACCCCCGUCACACCUGCCGCCCACCAGCCCGGCGACCGCAGAAACUCAACCACUACGUCGGGCCUGGCUCCCCCUCCUAUACCUGCGCACUCUCGUCGUUCCGCAUCGAACCCGCCCCCGGCCGUGCCGCCGCCUCGUCGAUCCACCCACCCAGCUGUCCAAGCCCAUGCUUCCAGCCACUGCACGCCCGUCACUAGCCCUUCGCGGCUACAGGCGCAGACAUCGGCACCGACGCCCCAGCAGUCGCAACCGCCGAGCAGUAAACACGGCCAGAAGCCUGAGCCCCCGCGGACCCGCCGCUGGGGCCGCGGGAAAGCCCAUGCGUCUUCCGAUUCUUCGGAGAGAGUACACUCGGACACAGAGUCGGGGCUUGUUCAACCUCAUCCCGGCCCCUCCAACGAGAACGAGAAACGCAACUCCGGACCAACGGUCAGCGUCGAGGAAGCGGUCCAGAAUGUCUCCCUGGAAUAACUCAAAAGUCUGGCUGGCUGGACCAAAGAAUGGGAGAGCAAAAAAGAGGGGGAGCACUGCGCAGCAGAAAUCGAUCUAAUCAGCCGACAAAAUCUUCAAUGUUGUUUAGAAUACGCAAUCCAAUCUUUUCGCAUGAACCAACAAAAGAGCCUCGAACAGGAUCAGCCAGCUCUGACAUCAUUUUUCUUUCUUUCUCCGCCUCGGAAAAUAAGACGACAUGACAUGGCAUAGGCAUAGGCACAGGCUUGAGCUUGGGCUUUGGCAUGGUAUAGCAUAGCGGCGCGCAUCUGAUUGGUUCUGGUCUUGUUCUGUUCUGUUCUGUACCAGUAGGUUUAGGUUUGGUCAGUUAGGGCUCCCUACUAUAGAAUCUAAUCUAAUCUACUUGGAUUUAUGGAUGAG